AUGGUCGACGGUGUUUGCGGAAAGCCCCACGGCUGCCCAGUGACUGGUUAUGUUUUAGGCUUCGCCUUUGGGAUGGGUUUAACCGUGUGCUUUGCGCGGUACCAAAAUGUCCGAUCAAAAUGCCGCACUGAUUUGUUAACUUGGCUCAAUCACCACCUUGACAAGAUUUGGCCUUAUGUCGAUGAGGCAGCAUCAGAGGUUAUAAGAAGCUCUGUAGAACCAAUUCUUGAGCAAUACCGGUCAGCAGUUUUGGCAUCUCUAAAGUUCUCUAAGUUGACUCUUGGUACCGUUCCACCUCAGUUCACAGGAGUUUCCAUCGUUGUGGGUGAAUCUGACGAGAUAAUUAUGGAAUUGGACUUGCAGUGGGAUGGAAAUCCUAAAAUUGUACUUGAUAUAAAGACUAGACUCGGUGUAACUCUACCAAUACAGGUCAAAAAUAUUGGAUUUACUGGGGUUUUUAGGAUAAUAUUCAAACCAUUAGUUGACGAGUUUCCCUGUUUCGGAGCUCUUUGUUAUUCAUUGAGAGAGAAGAAAAAUCUCGACUUUAGCCUCAAAGUGAUUGGUGGUGAUAUAUCAGCAAUUCCAGGAGUAUCUGAUGCUCUUGAAGAAACAAUACGAGAUGCUAUUGAAGAUUCUAUCACUUGGCCAGUACGUAAAAUCAUACCCAUAUUACCAGGAGAUUACAGUUACCUAGAGUUAACGCCAGUGGGGACUUUGAAUGUGAAGCUCAUUGAAGCAAAGGAAUUGACAAAUAAGGACAUAAUUGGAAAAUCUGAUCCAUUUGCCGAGCUAUUCAUCCGUCCCCUACGUGACAGGAUAAAAACUAGCAACACAAUAAACAAUCAAACAAGUCCAAUCUGGAACGAGCACUUUGAGUUUGUUGUGGAGGAUGUGACCACCCAACAUUUGACCAUAAGAGUUUAUGAUGAUGAAGGAAUUCAAGCUUCUGAAUUAAUUGGUUGUGCUCAAGUAUCACUAGGCGAGCUUGAGGCUGGUAAAGUGAAAGAUGUGUGGUUGAAACUGGUGAAGGAUCUCGAGGUCCAGAAAGACCAGAAAAACCGUGGUCAGGUGAGAUGGCCAAACCUACAUUCCCACUCAGUUUCUUAA